AUGGAUAAAAUCGACGAGGAUUACGUGGAUCUGUACAACGUGGCAGCAAACAAGCGGACGACAUUCCUCCACGUCAUCUAUCCGAAAUCGUGGACUCCACCGCAACACGUGUCACCUCAUGGUGGUGUCAUCGGACGAGGAAACGUAGAGAAAACGAGCGACAAUGUGGCAUUACGUUUUUCAGUCCCAUCAAUCCCAGCCGCCGACGAAAACUUGUUCAAUGUGAUGGAUUACGGAGCUAAAGGCGACAAUACAACAGAUGAUACGGAUGCAUUUAAGAAGGCAUGGGCUGAUACAUGUGGUUCAACCGAUUCCUCUCCAACUUUGCUCGUACCGUUCGGCCGAACAUUCCUAGUUAAGCCCACGGAGUUUCAAGGACAGUGCAAAUCCUCGUCCGUCAAUUUUCAGAUCAUGGGUGACAUUCUCGCACCGGAUGGACCGAGUGCAUGGGAGGGGAUUGAACCUACUCUCUGGCUAGGGUUUCGUGAGGUGAACGGAUUAUCGGUCUCCGGUUCGGGUCGACUCGAUGGGCGCGGCAACUACUGGUGGAGCCACAAAUGUAACUCAUUUGAUAAUAAUGAGGACUGCAUCAAAGAUGCCCCGACGAUGCUGAGGUUCUUGGCGUGCGACGAUCUUCAAGUGAGCAACCUCAGUUUUGUAAAUAGUCCACAAAUGCACCUUGUCAUCCACGGGUGCCAACGGGUUAACGUCACCGAUCUCCGCAUCACUUCGCCGGCGACGAGCCCCAACACCGACGGCAUCCACGUGGACAACUCACAGCACGUCGGGAUCAACCAAUCGACCAUCGCGACAGGUGAUGAUUGUAUCUCAAUAGGGGAUCAAACCUCGGACAUCUAUAUUACGGGUAUCACAUGCGGACCUGGUCAUGGAAUAAGUGUAGGAAGCUUGGGAAAGGAUGGAGUGAGUGCUUCAGUGGAGAACAUUCAUGUCAGUAACGUAAACUUCUACAGUACAACCAAUGGAGCCAGGAUCAAAACUUGGCAGGGUGGCAAAGGGUUUGCGAGAUCCAUCUUGUUUGAGAAUAUAAAUUUCACCGAUGUGAAAAAUCCCGUCAUUAUCGACCAAUACUACUGUGAUGGUUCUCACAACUGCCCAGAUAAGGUAUGUUCUUCGUACCAUGCAUGCAUUGCACCUCAGCGCGUUUUUUGAGAUAAAUUACAAUUCCUCUGAUGGUGUAUUUAUGAAAAUUUAAAGAUUGAAAUA